AUGGCGGCCUUACCCCCUGAGAGGACCACACUUUCCCGUCCGUUUACCAAUACUGGUGUUGACUUUGCUGGUCCCUUUGACAUCAAAACGUAUGCAGGACGCGGCUGCAAAGUUACGAAGGGUUACGUAUUAGUCUUUGUAUGCUUUGCGACUAAGGCUAUACACCUCGAAGGUACGAGUGAAAUUUCCACACAGGCCUUUCUAGCUGCGUUUGCACGAUUUUUUUCACGUCGAGGUUCUCCAAAUGCUAUUUACUCGGAUAAUGGCACUGCCUUUGUCGGCGCCUCCCAUAUUUUGGACGCUGACAGAUCUCAAUUCAUAACGCUGAUACGUCGAAAACUACUCGAUCAACAGAGUUUUGCGCUGCUUGAAUGGCACUUUAUCCCUCCAGGUGCGCCGCAUAUGGGCGGCCUCUGGGAAGCGGGUGUCAAAAGCUUCAAAAUGCAUCUUAAACGAAUCUCUCACAGUCAGAGCUUUACCUUCGAAGAAUUUUCCACUAUGCUAACCCGCAUUGAAGCUUGCUUAAAUUCCAGACCACUCAGCCCACAAAGCGAUAAUCCUGAAGAUUUGGGCGUACUCACCCCUGGUCAUUUCCUUAUUGGAAACGUACUCCUAUCACCCCCAGAACCUGACUUAUCUGAUCAUUCACUGAGUUAUGUCAAUCGGUGGCAAAAAUUGAAAAUUUUGCAUCACCAUUUUGCCCAAAGGUGGAAAGAGGAGUACCUCAAGGAACUCCACAAACGCUUCAAAUGGAAGUUUCCCCAGCGUGAUUACGCUAUCGGCGACCUUGUAAUUAUAAGGAAAGACAAUUUGCCCCCUAACCAAUGGCGUCUUGGCCGUAUUGAAAAUAUAAUACGCGGUAAAGAUCACAGAGUCAGAGUCGCCGACAUACGAACUGCCAAUGGCAUCCAACAACCAUGCCCCGUCAUCAUCGUAGAAGUCUAUCUCCAUUGGAAGAACAGAACCGUAGCCACCACCGACGCAACAUUCGCCAUAAUAGACCGUCUCCUGACUGCCGUUUAUGUAACAAGGACCACUCGCUCCGAAAGUGCAUCAGAUUUAAGAAAAUGA